AUGGAUACCGUUCAUGGAUCCGAAUUAAUGUUGCCCAGCACAACAUAUUGGGCGCAAGCGCUAGAAUUGAGGUGGUCGGCGCUUACCAGGUCACCCAACGUCCAUCUCGACGAUUUCUACGCAGAGACGAGAGCCAUGGAGGAAAUUCUACGUCGCUUUCGCUCUCGAUGGACCACUGUGUUCUCUCCCGUACACAAGUUGCCCGCGGAAAUAUUAUCCAUCAUCUUCGAAAUGUUGGCAUUCAGCGGGACGCAAUGGGAAGAUGUCACCCGCGUCUGCGGUUCGUGGAGGACCGUAGCUACCAACAAUCCUGCUCUGUGGACACGGUUCCACCUAUCGACUGAAACUCGCUGGGACUUAUUUGUUGCGCGCGCCCGCGGUCGGCCCUUGACCGUGUACUAUCUAGGCAAGCCAGUGCGCUUGGAACAGCCCAGGCUUGCCCUCGCACUCGUUAGAGACUUUCAUCACAUCGAGAGCUUCCGCGUAUACAGCAGUCAGAACACCGCGGAUCGUCACCUCGAGAUACUCGAUACCGUAUUCGAUCGACUCGGUUGGUACGAUGCGCAACAACUGCACGAUCUGAUGAUCAAGCUCGACAGGACGAAGGACGGAGCCAUCAAACUAUCUGAGGAGUUCUUCUCGGAUAUCGCUAUAUCUCUCCGUAGCGUGGAACUCCAUUGCUCGCCCUUCCCGUGGGGUACGACGGCGCCAAACCUGACACGGCUGUCGCUCCACAGGGUAAUCGUCGAAUCACCUUACGCAUUUUGCGAAGGCCUAAAAAAGUUGACGUCACUGGAAUAUCUCUCAUUGAACAUACGAGAGUUUGAAGAAGCGGAUGAGGAUGCACACCCCAGCACUGUUAUGCGCAAUCUCCGUGAAGUCCAUCUCAUGGGCUCAGUCAGCAACUGCUGCUUCCUGGUUGACUGCCUACUUCUUUCGACCGCCGCACAUCUGGAUAUUCUGGUUCGUGAAGAUGAUGAGACCAUCAAUCUUGUCGAUCUAGACGAUCUCAUUGCAACUCUCCGCUCUCGUGAGCGUGGAAGACUCGCAGACUCCGAUUAUACUACUGUAAAGGCGUCCGUCACGGAGGAUAUGUUCGAGCUUCAAGUCCUCACGAACAAUGACCCCGAGCUUCAGUCUCAAACACGCCCCGACCUAAGCCCCGGAUUACGCGUCCGUAUACCUAACUCUGAUUCUCUCCAAGCUAUACACCCAGAGUUGGAUGAUCUCUUUGAUGAUAUAUCUGCGGCGCUAGACAAAUCGCAGUGGCGUGACCUAAGGUUCUCUGGAGCCUGGUCGGGCUUACUUUGGUGGAACGGAAGCCCGAUCAUUUAUGCGACAGGUCUCGAGAUGCUGUGUCUGGAGAGUGUACCUAGGAAGGUCGUCGAUUCGGUUUUAAGUAACGACCUGCUACGUGGAGAGGAGAAGCUCCCCAUUGACGGUGCUGAGAUUCUCUUCCCCGUCCUACGCAGCCUCUCCUUGGAAGAUAUCUCAUUUGGCUGCUAUAGCAGCGAAUGUGAUGGAUACGAUGCCUUGCCGCAUUGUCUCGUGGAACUCCUUGAGGUACGGAAGGAAGCUGGCUACCCCAUCUCAGCCUUGACGAUCAAACACUGUUCCCUUGCGAGAGGAUACGGGCAGUUGUAUGCGCCAUAUGUUGAGCACUACUCAUGGGACGGAGAGGUUGGCGAUGCACACGACCGUCAUUCCCAGCCUGCGACAUCUGAUGAUGAUGAGGACGACACGGUUGACGAUGUUGAAGAUGAGAGUGAGGAAGAGGACGAGAGCGAGGGCGAGGGCGAAGGCGAAGGCGAAGACGAAGACGAAUGUGGGAUAGUCACUAGAAGCUGA